CUUUCCUGUGGCAGCCAUCGAGAAAAUGGCAAAAAUUAAGGCCAGAGACUUGCGCGGUAAGAAGAAAGAGGAGCUGUUGAAACAGCUGGAUGACCUGAAGGUGGAACUGUCCCAGCUCCGUGUUGCCAAGGUUACUGGUGGAGCUGCCUCUAAACUCUCAAAAAUCCGCGUCGUCCGCAAGUCCAUCGCAAGAGUCUUGACUGUCAUCAAUCAGACUCAGAAGGAGAAUCUGAGGAAAUUCUACAAGGGUAAGAAGUACAAGCCCCUGGACCUGAGGCCCAAGAAGACCCGUGCUAUCCGCAGGCAGUUGACCAAGCACGAGGCCAAUCUGAUGACAAAGAAAAUGCAGAGGAAGUCACGCUUGUACUCCAUCCGCAAAUUUGCUGUCAAGGCCUAAGGCUGUGCUUUUUUUUUUCCACUGAAAAUAAAGACCCCACCCCUGGACA